AUGGCAUCUAACCCAUCUCUACCCUCCCGAGAGUCGAACGAUAGCUCGUUAUAUGAAAAUGAACCACAGACAUAUAUUGGCCCCACUUCGAACCCUCCAGAGAAGCAACCACUUAGACGAAGAUUAUCCAGUGCUGCUUCCAAUAUCCUUUCAUUCAACAAAGGAGAUGAUGCAAGCAAUGAUGUGGAUGAGAAAGAAGACCGGUCAUUGAUGCAAAAUGUUGCAGAUGACUAUUUCAACACAAGCGAUGCAAAUUAUGUAUUGGGGGCAGACCAACCUCAGCAAGCUGGAGAACCCGCUCGUGAUGAAGAAAAUGUGGAGCCUAAGUCAGAAGAGAUGGAAUCAGUUCAUCUGUAUAGACCUCAGCUACACGAAUCACAACCCACUCAGUCAGAGCCUUCACAGCAACCAAAACGAGUCAAGUACAAGCUAUGGGAUAAGGAGUUCAGGGCUGACCGUGUACAAAUUGGACUCAAACUUCUAUCCAACUAUGCAUUUUUACUAGUUGGCUUUGCUGGAGCAUUGUUAUUUUACUGGGCAUCUUACUACAAGCGAGAAACGCGAUAUAAACAUUUGAAAAUGGCCAUUGUAAUUGCUGAUCGUCAAGUUGGUGAAUUGCCAAAUGUUGUUGGAAAGACGAUUGAAUCGUACUUUACAAACGUUCCGUCCUUGCAACAGUUGGGCAAGUUUGAAAUAUGGGAUUAUGACAAGGUGUCUUCGCUAGCUGCUAAACAUGGACACAACAUCACCCAAGAAGUAUAUCAGCAAGUGCACCAUGCAAAAGUUUGGGCAGCCUUUUAUGUUUAUGAAAAUGCAACUUUAAUGUGGAACCAAGCUCUAACUUCAGCCUCAACGGAUUUUGAUCCAACACAAUCUCUAAUGGAAGCGGUGUAUGAAACAGGAAGAGACUACAAUGCCGUACUGAAUUACAUAACCACCAUUGUUCAACGGAUUAUAAGGUCGUAUCCCAAUUUUGCAACACAAAGCCAAAUUGUUGCCAACAUGCUCCAAACUGUCAAUCAAACACAAGCGUUAAAUGUCAUGUCACAAGCUCCACAUUUGAUAUCGACCAUUCCAACGUUCAAAAUCAAUGAUUUGCACCCCGUUACCAACCUUGUAUUUCAAGCACCAUUUCAAAUCGGUCUAAUUUAUCUUGUCAUAUUUGGGUUCUUCCAAUUCAUUUUUACACUCAAAAUUCACAUGUAUUUGAUGACAAAAAUCAAAGGUUGGCACUACAUGUUUUUUCGUAUUAUAUCAUCUCAAGUGGCUUACAUGUUUAUAUCAUUGGGAGCAGUUGUUUUGAAUACUGCGUUUCAACUACCAUUCAAUACCACCUUUGGUUAUUCUGGGUUCUUAGUGAUUUGGAUGUUUUGUUAUCUUUUGAUAGCAUCCUUGGGUAGUAUUAUUGAAGUCUUGGUGAUUAUCAUAUUUGCGUUGAAACCUCAGUUGAUUGGGUUCAUCUUGUUGUUUGCAGCGGUGAUAAAUUUGGCUCCAAUUAUAAGUCAUCCAGUAUUGAGUCCACCUUUUUACUACUAUGGAUACGCAGUACCUUCAAGAAAUGCUUAUGAAUUGCUACACGUUGCCUACUUUAAUGCUUACAAGGGACAUAUGGGAAGAAACAUUGGUGUUUUGUUGGCAUGGAUUGUGGGGAGUAAUGCAGUCAUGCCGUUCAUGUUGAGAUACCUUGCAAAGAAAAAGAAAGAGGCGGAUGCGAAAAAGGCCAAGGACGCGGAAACGGAGAAAGAGGUGGAGGUGAAAGCGAAAAAGGAGGAGGAUGCGGAGAAGGCAACAGGAUAG